AUGGCUCUGGGUUUUUUGGUGUUCUUUCUUCUUGCAGGGUCUAGUUUAGAGCUGGAAACCACACGGGUAUUGAAUGUGACUACAAAAUGUGAGGAGGACACCAACGCUUUCCUCUGGGAACUAAACCAGGAGAGACCACGGGAAUACGCUGUCCGCAUGUAUGAUUCAUUUGGAAAGAUGGGCAGCAAUGUUGAAGGAGGUAAUGUCAACCAGCCGGGCUCGCGGCAGCAGUGUCAGUCUGCCCAUGGCUCCACCUUCUCUGGACAGUACUGCCAGGUGUUUCUUCAGCAGGAAGCAGUCCACUAUUUUGUGGGUAUUUGUGUUCCUGACUCCUGCAGGGAAGAGGAUGUGGAAAUGCUGGUGCUAUACGGGAGACUUCAGACUGGUCAGACCUCCCUCAUUCCUCCUUUUCCUUCCAUCCUGGUCAACCAAACCGCUCAGGCCCUGUUGAUGACCCACUGUUUGUCCAACACCGUUUCCCCAGAUGCAUUCGAUAUCAUCUGCCUGUUUGUGUGUUGCGUGAUGGUCACGAUUCCUCUUGCCGCCACCCUGCUCACCGCUAUAAUAAGGUGGAAAAGGAACAGGGAGGUCAGUCCGUCUCUUGAGUCUUCCUCUAUAAACACUGAGCUCAACCUUUAUGGGACCCUGAAGAGCAAUGGCUCCUCUGGUAGUGAAUGGGACGGUGGCACCCUAGAGGAAAAGGAUAGCACCAGCCACACACCACUGUGUUUUCCUCGAAGCUGUGUGAACCGGGGCCUGGAGGCCUUUUCUCUUCAGAAUACCAGCCAAGGUGUCCUGAGCACCUCCUCAUCCAUCCCAGGAGGAGGCUACUCCUCCCUGAACGGCAUCCGUGUCCUCAGCCUGUUCUGGAUCAUGUGUGGCCACUCAACCCAGUUUUCUGUCAUGUACAACCUGGAUAACAAUAAACAUUGGGAGAAAGCAGUAAAAAGCAACCCUCUGUAUGUGAUUGCCUACGCUGGACCUGUUUUUCUGGCUGUUGACAGCUUUUUGCUGCUGGGGGGUCUGCUCAGUGCCAGGUCUCUGCUAAACUCCAUCAACAGGGCUGGUGGCAAACUGAGCAUCUCUAUGGUGGCCAGCUACCUCUUCAACAGGAUUAAAAGGAUUCAGCCACUGCAUCUGUUCAUCCUGUGUUUCACCAAUGGCCUCGCCUCUUUAGUAUGGGGGGGCCCCUACUGGUUCCAAUUCAUGAGAAUAAAGGCAGGCUGUAAGACGUACUGGUGGGGGAACAUCCUGUUGAUUAGCAAUCUCCUCACAUCCUCACAGCUGCAGCCGUGCAUCCCUUGGGCAUGGUACUUGUCUCUUGACUUCCAGUGCUAUGCCACCACUCCACUGUUGCUCUAUUUUUACAACUUGAACAAAGGUGUGUUUGCAGCUGUGGCCGGAGGCCUGAUGCUGAUGACCAUUGCUGCUGGUGUCAUCACGACCGCGCUCCUGCAGCUGCCCGUCUUCCAGCCAUAUGCAGUGUUCCAUUUGAAUUAUGGCUUACAUUACUAUUUGAAACCCUACACAAGAUAUGGGCCAUUUCUAAUAGGGGUCUUGACUGGAAUAUACUUGACCACAAAGAAAGAUCAGGUCCUAAAGCACAAGUGGCAGGCUGCACUUGGUUGGUUCUGCUGUCUUUCACUUAUGGCUGUGGUGGUUGGAUUAGCCUACGUCCUACAGGAGGAGCCAACCUCUCUGUCGUUGCCACAUGCCUUCUAUCAAGGACUGCACAGACCCCUCUGGGCUUUGGCUGUGACCUGGAUCAUAGUGGCCUGCGAGGAAGGUUAUGGAGGUUUUAUCAAGAGCUUCUUGUCAUUGGGUUUCUGGCUUCCACUUUCCAACAUGAGUUUUGCCUGCUACAUGUCACAUCCUAUUGUCAUCAGGAUCUAUAUAGGCCUGCAAGAGACCCCGAUCCACUACACAGACUUAAACUUUAUGUACAUGUUCCUUGGCCAUGUGGUGCUGACGCUGGUGCUGAGCUACGUGCUGACUGUGCUGAUUGAGAAGCCCUACCUCCUAAAAUACAGCCGUACAUAGAUGAUAACCAGAACACAAUAGAGAACCUUCAUCCAGUCGUUAUACCUCCAUUUCUAUACUCUGUUUGGUUGUGCCUUAUGAGCUGUAACAGUUUCCCUGUGGAAAUACGCUUCCCGGUUAAUAAACUUAAGGUACGUGUUUUAUAUAGAAAAAGGAAACGUCUCCAAAACAAGGUGAGCUUGUGAUUGAUUGCACUAAAAUCCACAU